UUCUCCCUCUGUCUCCCAACAGAUGCUUCCUUACUCAGAAUGGGACCAGAGGAGAGGCUCUCGGGGAUCCCAGUCCUCUGGCACCAGCGUGACGGUGGACAUCUCCGUCAUGGGCGAGGCCCAUGGGCUGAUCUCAGACCUGCUGGCGGACCCCUCCCUCCCCGCCAACACCUGCACGUCGCUGAGGGCCGUAAGCAGCCUGCUCACCACCCAGCUCACCCUGCAGCCCCUGCACCGGCCCCGCCUCGCUCCCCUGCUCAACCUCGCCGACGCCUACACCUGCUCUGACUCUGAGGAGGGGCCCGACAGGGGGGAGAAGAUCCCCUUCCCCAAGCGUCUGAGGAAGAGUCUCCACCCAGCGUUGCUGAGGAGGAUCUCCUCCACCUGGACCACCACCACCUCUGCCACGGGCCUGCCCACCAUGGAGCCUAGCCUUGUGAGGAGGGACCGCAGUGCCAGCAUCAAGCCCUACCACGAAGCCCUCACCUGCAGUUGUGGCAGGCCUUACAUCAAGCUCACUCAUGGAGAAGGAUCCAUAGACAAAGGGGACAGGAUUCACCGGACAGAGGACCAGGUGACGGCGUCGUCCGACUAUGACAGCACCCACGAGGCCAACAAUAGUGACAGCAGUGACGUAGCGCAGACGGAGGAAGACGCAGAGGGCGGAAAAGCCCCCGGGCAGGGGGUCCUCCUGCACCCCAUGAUGCCCCCUGAGGAUCAGCCCCUGCUGGCCCCAGAGCCGUUGGUAAUGGAGGACCUGGAGCCGAUGAUGACUCAGCUCAACAACUGGAACUUUCCCAUCUUCAGCCUGAUGGAGAAGACCAAUGGGAAGUGUGGCCGCAUCCUCAGUCAGGUUUCUUACAGGCUCUUUGAAGACACAGGUCUGUUUGAGACCUUCAAGAUCCCUGUCCAAGAAUUCAUGAACUACUUCCAUGCCCUUGAGAACGGCUAUAGAGAUAUUCCAUACCACAACAGGAUCCAUGCCACAGACGUUCUUCAUGCUGUGUGGUACCUCACCACACAACCUGUGCCAGGCCUGCUCAGCCUCAUCAAUGACCACGGCUCCAGCGACUCAGACUCCGACAGCGGCAUCACACACAGUCACAUGGGCUUCCUGGUGUCGAAGACGUACAGCGUGCUGGAGGACGGCUACGGCUGCCUGUCGGGCCUCAUCCCCGCGCUGGAGCUCAUGGCGCUGUACGUGGCGGCCGCCAUGCACGACUACGACCACCCCGGCAGGACCAACGCCUUCCUGGUGGCCACCAGCGCACCACAGGCUGUUUUGUAUAACGACCGCUCAGUCCUGGAGAACCACCACGCCGCUUCUGCCUGGAACCUCUUCAUGUCCCGUCCUGAGUUCAACUUCCUGGUCAACUUGGACCACGUGGAGUUCAAACGCUUCCGCUUCCUGGUCAUUGAAGCCAUCCUGGCCACCGACCUAAAGAAGCACUUUGACUUCUUGGCUGAGUUCAAUGCCAAGGUCGGGGAAGACCCAGCUACAGGCAUCGAUUGGUCCAAUGAGAACGACAGACUGCUGGUCUGUCAGAUGUGCAUCAAACUAGCAGACAUCAACGGGCCCCUGAAGUGCAAGGACCUCCACCUGCAGUGGACGGAGGGCAUCGUCAAUGAGUUCUACGAACAGGGGGACGAGGAGUCCAGCCUGGGCCUUCCCAUCAGCCCCUUCAUGGACCGCUCAGCCCCCCAGCUGGCCAAGCUCCAGGAGUCCUUCAUCACGCACAUCGUGGGGCCGCUCUGCAACUCCUACGACUCCGCCGCCCUCAUACCCGGGCGCUGGGUGGAGCCCACUCCCAAAGGUGGAGAGGCAGACAUGGCGGAGAAUGAGGUGGAGGAAGAGGAGGAGGAGGAAGAGGAGGAAGAGGAGGAGGACACGCCAGAGGAGGAUGCAUCCACCAGCUCUGAAGCGUCGCAAAAACCGACCCCCAAGAAGAGGAGGAAAGCGUUCUGUCAGAUCACCCAGCACCUGAUGGAGAACCAUGAGAUGUGGAAGAAGGUGAUCGCGGAAGAGGCUCAGAAACAAGGCCAGGGGGCGGAGUCUGCGCGCUUAAACAAUGUAGCUGAGCCAAUCCUGGCCACCCACGAGGAAGAGGAGGAGCCAGGGAGCAAAGAGGAGCUGGUGGAAGGGGAGGAGCCGGAAGAGGAAGCGGAGUGGCCCCUCCCUCCACAGGAAGACUCUGAAACAGCAGAGGAAGUAGAAGGAGACCUGGAGUGAGAAGGCUCAUGGGAUACGUGGCAUCUUUCACAGAGCCAGAACGUGAAUUUAUUUUGUUCUUCAGUCCUAUAAACAGACUCCUGAUUUAUUUGUUGCCAGCACAUCACUAAGACACAACACUGUAGAAGUUGGGGGGGAAAUUUGUGCCUAUAAAAAGAAAACAGGGUGGGGGGAGACAUUACUUGGGUUUUACACAUGAAACCUGAGUAAUCGGGUACAGAGAACCCUCAUGGUUCUCUGUAGGAACUUUCCAUAUUGCAAUACAGGAUCACACAUGUAUGUAAAGCGUAAGGGAUCACAGAACAAUAGACUCAUUUACUACUGUCAAGACCGGCUUGAAAACGGCCUUCAAAGACAUCGGUCCGUUAUGUAAACAAAGACUGUAGAGACUGCUACCAGUUUAUAUCUUAAGAAAUAUUUUCUAAAUGCAAUUAUAUUUCGACAUCACGUUCAAAGUCUAGUUGUUUUCUGUCGUCAGUCUUUUCUCCCGAGUUUUGAUAUAGGAUCUUCUACUGUUUUGCUUUUUCGUCUGUGGAUCAUCUGUGAACCAGUGAAACUGGAGAGAUGAGAAAUGAAGAAUAGGAAUAUCUUUGUUUUCCUCCAUCCACCGUCAAGCUGGUCAUGCGUCUAUCGUCUGUAAACAAUCAGCAGGCCAUCAGCUCUCUCCAUCUCUGUUUGCCAUCACAUCUGCACAUGUUCGCAUUGCCCCCAAAAUCUUCAGCACUCAGACGACAGACGAAACGCUCUUGUCUUCAAUCGGAUACCACAGUUCUCUCUCGCAAAUGGCCAAAAAAGAGAGACUUUUGUAUUGUGUCACCAGGUUUUUUCCUCAGAAUUUUUUGCCUUCAAAGGGUAUCAUUUGUCUCAUUAGAGACCUGAUUAUCUGUUUCCCAACUCUUCCUGAAAGCACAGUAGGCCUAUGCCAUCUUUGAUUUAAAUUAUGGUUUCUAUACCAUUGCUCUUUCCCAUAUUUGAGGUUGUUGUGAAAAUAUCCUAAAAUCAGAUAUAGCUUUAUCAAUGGUGAACGGGGGCGUUCACAACUGAAAUAUUAUUAUGGUGAAUGGUUCAGUAACGAGUUCAGACCUUCUAUAAUGGGUAACCUUUGACUCCUGCCUGUCACGUUGCUAUGGACACUGCUCUCCGCUCCACGCGGAGCCUUUCAGGUAGACCAACCGUGACAUCAUCGGACCCGGCAGGUGAUGUGCAGGAAUGCAGUCAAUGUGACGUGCUCAGCUGAUGUGUCUGUGUAUAUUGAUAUGUGGAUUUACUAGUAGCCUACGGUUUGGAAGCGAUAGCAAAGCAUUACAAUUUUUAAGUGAAAACAAAAAGUGAAUUUCUUCAACAGGUAGUCUACAAGGAACUUGAUAGGAUAUUGGAUGCUAGCACACCUUCACACUGUUAGCGUACUAACUAUUUUUUGCAGAAAAUCAAUAAUCAAUUAUCAAUAAUUCUUCUGAAAUAAUUGUUGAAUGGGAUUAGACGCAGUAUUGGCCAGUAUACUGGCUGGCCCGGGGUCAGGUUUGAAGAAUAAUGUAGAGAGGAUGCUCGGGUUCUGCCCCUGGGGUGAGAGACUGUAUGAGGCAUGCGAACGUGAAUCCUCUCAGUAGUGAGAACAGGGUAACGUGAUUAGGCCUACAUGAAGUCACAUGAUAUUUUGUCCCUCCACUCAAUCCUCUAUCAUGGGAUUCUUCCACCUCUGUAGCAUCUGAUAAGCGAAUUACAUGCUAAAGCGUAGCAUAUGUGGAAACGGAAACAUAGACACACAUUUCAGAUUUGGAUUCGACUUUGUGUGCAGUGCAUUAUCUCCUUUAAUCUUUCAUGGGUCUCCAAAGGUGGAAAUAAUUUUGAGGGUACAGAAAAAUUCUCUGGUUGUUUACAGUAACUCACAUACUCUCCCAUCAGGCCACAAUGGUGGCAGCUUGAUUUAGUAAACCCCCAAAGCAAGGUUCCAAAGACCACACUAGCACACAAUGAUGCCAUAACUAAAGGCUAACCUAGCAGGCUAUUUCCCAUGACACACAACAACAAAUGUAUGUUUAUGUCCAUGUUUAGCAAUCAGGAGAUCCCAUUGAGGUUCAUAAAAAAAGAGGUAUCUCUCUCUCUGUACAACUCAUGGAACAGUGUCUAUUUCACCCAGCAGUUCCUAUACAACAUGCCAACACACUACGUUUCCAACCUAACUCCUAAAUAGAUUCAUGAACAGGAUUUUAUGGGCCACUCUAAAUAGACCAUGCCCCAGGGGGCAAGAGGGGUUAGAGCACACACAUUAUUCAUAUAUAUAUAUAUAUAUUUGUGUGUUUGUGUUUGUUAUGAUUGGAACAACCUCAGAACACCUGACUAGAAUCAGAUUGGAUGCACAAGAAUAGAUCCAACUUAAUGUAAAUGUUACAUGUCUCAUGGCUGUUUUUUUUGUUGCUUUUCUUUGGUGAUUGGUUUUCUCCCUAAACAACUGUUCCUCAGUUUAAGUUUGUUAAACAGCUUCAAAACAACCUAUGUCAGUAUCCCAUUCUCAUAGAUAAAAUAUGCCAUUCUGCUGUACAGAUUAUGCUUUUAAAAGCAUAUAUGUGACUUGAAUCUGUGAGAGGACAGUCCAAUUGUAAUUUUCAAAAUAGUUUAAAAAGAUUAAAUGUUUUUCGUAUAUAUCAACUCAACAGAAUAUGCUUUUUACAUUAGGCUUGUUUGAUUGAUUCAUUUUGUCAUUGAACUCAACUAAUUCCCCCAGCAUUCGUCUGGACAUAUUUAUAUCUCCUAAUGCAUGUUGGGCCACACAUGGGUGUAUGAAAUGCUAUCCUAGGUUGUGAAUGUUGAGUGCACAUGUACAGUGUGUGCGCGUGCGUGUGCGUGUGUGUGUGUGUGUGUGUGCAUGCACGCACGCAAUGUGUGUGUUUAUUCAGCACACUGUGUCAACCUCUAUCAGUACUAGAUAGUCAUAUUUAGGUGUUCAUAGUUUUGAAUGCUUUGCAGUUCUUCCCUCCAAACUGUGAUUCUUCUUCAGUUUGGUCAAAUGAACCCAUGUGUUACAUCGUGCUAUAAUACGAAGUGGGGCGAAGAGGAAGGGUUAAGUGCUGUACCGCUAAAUGUUGCUCCUGAAAGCGCACUCCUCUAAUUCCACCCCUGUCAUGAUGUCUCUCAGGUGGUCAUUGUUAUUCACCGAGCAUGUUCACCAGUCUCUGCUUUGAUCCUCACUGUGCAUGGCCAUCAGAUUGGCUAUGCACAUUGGCAACUGCUACGAGACAUUGGAAAAGUCAAUCUCAGAUUCAUUUGAGUUAUUGUCUGUCCAUUACUCAUUUUUAGUAUUGUGGUUUCUUGAUCUCUGAGUUUACUUUGUUUCAAAAUGACAGAAUUAUCCAUUCUUACACCCACCGUUCACUUAAAAAAAAAAAAGAUAUUGUACUGUUUGUCUUGAUUGCUCUUUAUUUGUGUGCUCCUUAUUCGUUUGCCAUAGUUCUUGACACGUGUUAUCAUUUACAAUGAGAACCAAACAAGCUUUACAGUUCUGUAAACAAAAAAUGAGACUUGUAUUUUUAUAUAGUUGACACAUGAUUAAAAAAUUAAUUGUUUUCUUCUCACUAGUACCUUGCACUUACCACAUGUAGCAAUAUUAACACAAGGAAGAUUACGAUACAGAAUACACAGUAUGUGUUAAGUACAAUUAUUCAUUUUCCUUGCCGGUUGACGCUCCAUUUUGUACAAUAUAUAUGCUGUACAGUAAAGAAAUAUUAAAACUACAAAAACUCUUUUAGAUAUACAUUAUUUAUUUUUACCAUUUUGUAAUUUAGACACUAUACUGUAGCUACUAUAUUGCCAGAAAUUACUGGAAGUGCCUAUUGGUAUUAUGUAUACAGUGAAUAUGUUUUGAGAUCAGUAGAAGUUGUCACAAGCUGAAAAAUUUGGAUGUUGUGUAAUGUGAAUACAUUGAAUUACAAGACUUUGAUUUCUGUGGUACCAAAGUCUCUGUGUGUUUGUUCAUCCAGCGUGAUUAUAUUUUCAUGAAUAAGUGUGACGUGAGUGUAAAUUAAUGUAAAUGUGUCAAAUGCUAGUUCUGCAAGCUCAACAGACAUCCAAAACAUCUCGCUUAGCCAUUGCAACAACGCAUUGUAGAUAUUGUUGAAUCUUGCUGCCAUA